CUAGUUUUGUAUAAUAUUAUAUAUCGAUGACGUCUGCAUUAAUCAUUUUCAUUUUCCUUGCCACAUUACUGAUUCACACUGGCGGUGAUAAGUUAAAAUUAAAUAAAGAAGUUAGAGAAGUAUUCCAGUUGCAUAAAUACUAUCGUAAUUCAAUUCGUUUUUGUCAAAUUCCAAGACAGCCACCGGCUAAAUUCUUGUCAAAAUUGGUUUGGAAUAAAGAAUUAGCUAAAAAAGCUCAAAUUACAGCUAACCGAUGUAAUUAUGCCUAUGACAGCCCGUCAGAUAUGAAAUUCGAUGAAUUCAUUUCAGUAGCACAAAAUAUCGCUGAUAGUCCAUCAAUUCAAAAAGCAGUAGCUAGUUGGUUUAGUGAAUAUAGAAAUUAUACCUAUGAAACAGAUAAGUGUAAAGGCACAUGUAUGCAGUACAAGCAAAUGGUGAGAGGAGAAGAAACAGAAAUUGGAUGUGGUGUUAAAAAAUGUAAAAAGAAUUACGUAGUUGUAUGCAAUUAUUCUCCAGCAGCUGAUGAAAAUCGUCAACCUUAUGAAAAAGGCAGUAAUAAAAAUUGUGACAAUGUGGAUGAUGCAGAGUAUUAAAAAGAACAAUUUAAGCUUUAUUCCACAAGUGAAAUGAAC